GUUAAUUAUGUUGGAAACUUAAACGCUUUGUGUGCCGUUUGAUGCUUCAGAUUUUUCUUUCUCUAUAUAUAUAUAUGCAUACAUAUAUUCCUGCUUCACUACUGAUUACUGCAUACGCUAUUGACUUCGUCUAUUUUGAAACGGAGAUUGAUCGCAAUCGGAAUUUGAUUGGCUGCCAUGGGUGACAUAAAGAAGGAAACAACUGAAAUGGUGAUCGGAAAACAGGCCACUGAGACUGUGACUGUCGACAAGACAGCAAAUGAAAUUGUGUUGGAGAAUUUAACUACAGAAUCGGUGUCAGUGAAGGAGACAAUGGAUGAGAUUUUGUCUGAGAAGAAAACAGAGGAAAAUGUGGAAGAAGGAGAAACAAAAGACGCCGUCACUGUGCCUGAGGAGACUGCAAAAGACGCCGUCACUGUGCCUGAGGAGACUGCAAAGGAAACAAACAAAGAGAAAAAGCUCGUUGUUGUCUUUGUUUUGGGUGGCCCUGGAGGGGGAAAGAGUACCCAGUGUGCGAAGAUCGCUCAAGAAGUUGGAUACACCCAUCUCAGCAGCGGCGACCUCCUCCGCCAAACAAUUAAAAGCGACCUUGAAAAUGGUCCUAUGAUUGAAGCUAUGAUUAGGGAGGGGAAGAGUGUGCCUCCAGGCAUAACAAUGGAGAUUCUGCAGAAAGCAAUGGUGAAAAGUGGAAAUGACAAGUUUAUUCUGGAUGGUUUCCCUCGUGAUGAAGAGAUUAGGAAAGCUUUUGAAGCUGCAACCAAAACAGAGCCAGAGCUUGUUCUGUUCUUUGAUUGUUCUGAAGAAGAGAGGGAGAGGAGGAUCUUAAGCAGGGAACAAGGAAGAGUUGAUGACAAUGCUGAGUCUCUAAGGAAGAGGUUCAGAUAUUUCCAAGAGCAUACUCUUCCUGUGGUUGAGUAUUAUAGAGCAAGAGGUUUAGUUUUGCAGAUUGAUGCUGGGAGGUCUGAGAAGGAUGUGUUUGAGACUCUUAAAAGCAUUCUUGGUCCCUCAACAGCAAGGCUAGUUGAAGAAGAACAAGAACCCAACAUUGCAGAAAUUGAAAGGGAAAUUUCAGGAUUAAGAGUAUAGAAUAUUAUGUAUAUGGUUUCGAGUAAAAAUCAAGUGAUUUUAACUAUCACAUAGUAUGUUUUGAUUCGGCAGGAACUUUUCCUUGGCCGUUUAAGUUGUUAACUUCUAUGUUUUAGCAAAUGGGUGCUAGUUACUAUUACUUAAUUGGUUGCUAAUCACUGGAUUAGUUCCAUGAUUAAUGUUUUC